AGAAUUGCCGUCUAACGACAGUCGCAUUCACACUGCGGCAGUUGUCGCUACUUUGUUUCUUAAGUGAUGUGAUCAUUUGAUACGAUCGAUUUAUUUUAUAUUAUAAUGGUCAUGACGGCUACGUCAAAUAAAUAAUAGUUUCUAUCAUAAUACCGCAAGUGUAGUGUAGUAUCAAAUAGUACCCUUAUUGAGGUAUAAUGUUCCUAGUAACGGUUCCAUUGACGAUCGCUAUGCUGUUGGCUUCGUCCGAGGCUCUCCAACAGCAACUUCAUCAAUGCGAGAACGGUGGAGAAGUGAGUUUCGAGCUGCUUACCGGAUACGUGGAAAAUUCAGAUGCUAAGCACGCAAUGCGUGAACAGUUGGCUUUGUUUACUCUACCUCAAUGUAUCGAAGCCUGUAGAAGCGAUGAACGGUGCGCAGGGAUCACGUACGAAACUGGCGCUUGCGUUUCCUUUGCAACUAUGCCGCAGAAGAAACUUGAUUUUCCUUCUAAACGGUCUCAAUAUCCAUCUCAUGUAACAACCACAGUAGCUAGGAAAGUGUGCUUAAAUCUACCAAAAACAUGCCAAGAGCGGAGUUGGAGUUUUGACACUAGUCAAGGUGAACUUAAAGUACAACCCAGACAACAUUAUCCAGCAAUAAUGAAAACUAAUUGCAUGGAAUUAUGUCUGAAUGAAAAUACUUUCCAUUGCAGGUCGAUCAAUUUUAACAGGGAUACUGGAGAUUGUUAUCUAAACGACGUGGACAGAUUUUCUGUAGCUGGAAGGCCAUCAUUGAUGAACAGCGGUAAUCGAUCCUCAUUGAACACCGCUAUUGAUUAUAUGGAGUCUAAUUGCGUGAUGGAGCAGCCCAAAAUGUGCGAUUUUUCUGAAGUGGAUGGUAAGCUGCUGAAAACUGUAGACGCUAUUUUUGAAAACGUAGCAACCAUGGAGAAGUGCAAAGAAAUAUGCUUAUCGUCCAAAGAGUUUCAGUGUCGUUCUUUUGAUUAUAACGAGACAGGAAUAAACAUCUGUCGUGUGUCUCACCACAGCACUUCCAGUUUAUCCCAACUAGAUCGUCCUUACUUGUCCGUGCCCGGUGCUAUCACUUAUCAAAUGUCAUCGUGCUUUUCCAUCAAAGUAGAUUGCCGUGGAGCCGAUAUGGUUGCAUCUAUACAUACCAACCGGUUGUUCGACGGUAAGGUUUACGCCAAGAAUAGACCUAAUUCUUGCGUUAAUGACGUUAGUGGUAAACUUGAUUUUGAAUUGCAUCUUGAUUAUCACAACCUCAACUGUGAUGUUCAACAAGACCUCCCAGGAAAGUUUUCCACUGAAAUAAUAAUCCAGCAUCAUGAUCAGAUAGUAACAGGCCAGGAUGUAGGCCUAUCGGUUAAGUGUUCAUACGACUUACACGACAGGAGUGUUGGUCAAGGUAUUGAGUUGGCUGUGGCAGCUACCGAAUCAGAGAAACAAGAAACGUUACCGGAUUCCAUUGGUAACAACGGUCUGGAUGAAUUAAGUAACGCGGUAGAAGAGACUGCAUUCGUAAUUUCACCAACUGUGAUGAUGAGAAUCACAAGCCGCGAAGGAGGUGAUAUCCAUGCAGCUCAGGUUGGUGACCCUCUUAGUUUACGAUUCCACAUUUUGGACGAUAAAUCACCAUACGAAAUAUUUGUUCGAGAACUCAUUGCCAUGGACGGGGUAGAUACUAGUGAGAUAAUUUUAAUUGAUAACGACGGCUGUCCAACUGAUCCAGCCAUCAUGGGUCCAAUAUCUGCUGUUGAUACUGGUACGCUGGGUACUGUUAAAAUAUUGGAAGCUCCAUUUGAUGCUUUUAAAUUUCCUACAUCUGAUAUUGUGCAGUUCAAAGCUUUAGUUACGCCUUGUUUGCCUAAAUGUGAACCUAUCAACUGCAAUUUGGUUGGUCAAAAUGGUUCCAUAAGUCGUGCAAACUCUUUUGGCCGGCGGAAACGUAGUGCCCGUGAUCAAAAGGUAACUGACGAAGUCGUAUUCCAAGAGAUUCGGAUAGAAGAUAAAUUUAAAUUUGAUGCUCGACGAAGUGAUGCUAAGGAUCGAACUAAAUAUGAAGAAAAUAUUAAUAAUGAGAUAAAUUUCCCGAAUGGUCACCAGUAUACAGUUUGCUGGAACACAUACAUGCUUAUACUAGUGCUGGCAGUUUUUAUUGUGCUUCAAAUAUUUAUCAUGUUCGGUUGUUACAUUUGCAUUACUGGUCGUGAUAAGCUAUCUAAAAAAGAAAUGAGUAAUUCUUCCAAUCCAUACGAGUCGGUCAUCGCUGAUCAUUCAUCGACAGCUACUUUAAAUUCGUCUGUACUACCUAGUCCUAUGCAAUGGGAUAAUAGUUACUACAGAUGAAUCUAAGUUGUUUUUAACAACACUGCACAUUGCUAGUUCUUUCGCAUUUAAAUUAUUGUGUUAUGAUAUUAUGUAAAUUAUUUUUGUAAUUUUUAAAUGUAUAUAAAUAUAUAUUUUACAUUACUAAAAAGAAUAUUUAAUAAAAACACCACUGGAUGAUAAAAAUAA